GAGGAAAGAGGUGGGAACGGAUGGGUUGACAUGUCGCAGAUCUCCUUUUUUUUUGCCAGCCAAAAGGGGUGUUCGGCAAAGAAAUGCGCGGCGCACGUCCAUUUACUCGUUUUGUCAACUCCCUGAGCCAUGAUUUUGAAAGCAGUUGAGCAAUGGCGGCGAGAAGUGAAGCGUUCAGCUGACAGUCGUUGCCAACAAAACGUGCAUGCCAGCAGCCUUUUCAGCUGCAGAAUGGACAUGGUGCAAGCCCUAGGAUGCCCGUGCCUGCACUGCAUCCACACCUUCACCGGACACACCAGUGCUGUCACAUCCAUGUGCAGUCUUGGCGGGGAUCUCUUUUGCAGCGCCAGCUGCGACAGAACCGUCAAGCUAUGGAGCUCCCGGACCAAAGACUGCGUGCACACCUUCACCGGACACACCAAUUGGGUCACAUCCGUGUGCAGUCUUGGCGGGGAUCUCUUUUGCAGCGGCAGCCACGACAGAACCGUCAAGCUAUGGAACUCCCGGACCAAAGACUGCAUCCACACCUUCACCGGACACACCACUGGGACGAAUCUAUCAAGCUAUGGAGCUCCCGAACCAAAGACUGCAUCCACACCUUCACCGGACACACCAGUGCUGUCACAUCCAUGUGCAGUCUUGGCGGGGAUCUCUUUUGCAGCGGCAGCUGGGACGAAUCUAUCAAGCUAUGGAAUGUCCCCCAGGCCCACGUGGCGCACGCCGCGACCUUGGCGAGCCAGAGUGGACUUCAGGAGGCGGCGAGUGCGGCCAAAGACACAGUGCGACCGCGAGAGGGCGAGACGAGAGCCGAGAAUCCACAUUUGAAGCCGCAGGAAGAGCCGCAGAUCGGCAUUCUUCCCACGACCAAGUGGGAAGACAUCUCACUGCAGCGAGGCUUACUGGAGGAGCUGCGGGCGAACGAUGGCAUAAGAGCAGUCUGCCGGGAGAUUGGUCGCAUUGCCAACGAUGUGGAAGUGAAGGCUCAAGAGCUGCCCUUUGUGGUAGCCGAGGACCUGGUGAAGAACAUCGGGGAGCACCAGCUGCAAGCCAUCCUUGCAUACACGCACGAUCUUCAGGCGCCGUCCGGCAAAGCCGGAAAUCUCUACUUCGAGCUGAACAACGCCCUCCGAAAGCGUGGGGUGGAAGACCGGGCUUCUAUGAUGAGGACCUGGGGCCCAUUUGUUUGCUAUGCAUUGAAGGGUAUGGGUCAGCUGCCUGCGCACCAAGGUGUGGUGUACCGGGGCAUGCCCGGAAAAGAUUUUGUGCUUAGCCAGUACAAGAAAGGGCGUCCCAUCCAGUGGGGCGCGUUUUCUUCCACAUCAACCUCCAAAGCCAGCUCCGUACAAUUCAUGGAGGCAGAUGGUGUCCUUCUGAAGAUCGAUGUUCAGAGCGGACGGAAGCUCGGUGCCAUCUCAUUUUUCCCCCAGGAGGAGGAGGUGAUACUGUCGCCCAACUGCAGAUUCGUAGUCACAUCCGAUUCCUACGAGCAAGAUGGAGUGACACUGGUGGACCUAGUGGAAACGACGACAGAUGCCUUCAUCUCCUGACUUGCUUGCGCUUUUGAUUUUGGUUUCACAAGAUAAGUUUCACAGCACUACGAGCACAUCCCCAGGGCGUCCGCAGCCCGCAGCCCGCAGGAAGCUUGCCGGACAGAG